AUGAUUCAUUUUUUGGCACUAUUUAGCCGUCAAGGUAAAGUUCGGUUGCAGAAGUGGUUUGUCUCAUACUCCGAGAAAGACAAAAAGAAGAUUUUGCGCGAAGUCAUUGCCGUUGUGCUUGCUCGGAAACCAAAAAUGUCAUCCUUUCUUGAGUGGAAGGAUAUGAAAUUAGUUUAUAGAAGAUAUGCAAGUCUAUACUUCCUUUGUGCAAUUGAGCCCGGCGAUAAUGAAUUGCUGACCCUGGAAAUUAUUCAUCGGUACGUUGAAAUACUUGACAAGUACUUUGGAAAUGUGUGUGAACUUGAUAUAAUUUUCCACUUCGAAAAAGCUUACUUUAUUCUUGACGAAUAUCUAUUUGCUGGCGAAGUUCAAGAAUCAGGGUCUAGAAAUAUAAUGGCUGUCAUCGACGCCCAGGAUAUGCUUCAAGAGGAAGAGGUCCCUCAAACAUUUUUUGAAGAUCAAAGCCUGAAUUGA